CCAUCUCUGGUUCGUUCUGCGCUCCGUCUCGGUUCGUCUCUGUCGAUGUCGGUCCCUCGGUCUCGCGCGUCUUUCCAUCUCCGUUGGUAGUUUCACUUGCGAUCGUGCGUCCUCGUCUCUCGGUUUGAAUCUCAGGGUGGUGGCCGACGGUAGUGGUGGUCGUGUCUAGAUGGUGGUGGUUAUGGUGGGGGGGUAGUUGGUUUCUUCGUGCCUACCGCUCCCUAUCUCUCCUUUCUCUCCCUAUGGGAGGGCGAGGAGGGCCCCCGUAGCCGCGCACUGCGCACCGAGUUCAUCAUAGACAGACCGAUCUCCCUGACAGCUCCUCGUCGGGCUUGAACGGAGGUGGAAUCAUCAGAUUCUGUCCAUCUCUUCUUUGGCUCGCAGUAGCGUGUCGGGAUAACGAACGCAGGAACACAGGGACAACGAAAGUGCGUGGUCCUGCGUGGUCUCUUUCUCGCGAAUCUUCGGCCAUCGCGCUCGCUAUCGCGGUCCGGUCUCGGUUUAUCGAGCAGCCCUUCUCCCUCUCUUCGAUCUCCAAGGUUUCACCCUUCGUUACUCCUUUCCAUCGACGCUCUUCUUCCCUUCCUCUCCUUCCUCGUCGUGUUCGCGCGGACCCCACGUUUCUUUUUUUCCAUUUCCUUUUUAUCGCAUACCACGUCCUUCCGCUCUUUCCACCCCUUCUCGUUUCUCUUUUUCUCGGCUCCUCUCGACCUCGCCACUCUUUUUCGCGUUAAUCCGCGCGCCGGUGACCGUUUCUACGAUUCCAAGCGACACCGUCGUCGAAGCAACGUUCCUUCGCCUCGGAACAUAUCAACGCGACGGCCGAUCGUUGGACGACACGCGCGCGCUCGGUAUCCUGCCCGGUAUCGUGCUCGGUGCCGUGGUCGUCGUCGUCGUCGUCGUCGUCGUCGUCGUCGUUGUCAUCGUUGUCAUCAUCGUCGUCGUCGUCGUCGUCGUCGUCGUCGUCGUCGUCGUCGUCGUCGUCGUCGUCAUCUCCGCCGCAUAACGCGACCACGGGAAGUUUGCUAUUCGACUGUUUACACGGACGAAACGAUAGCCACGGUGGUACGCGCGCGAGUAAGAGAAAGAGAGAACGAACCAGACCAACGGUGGAAGAGGAAAGCAAGCCGAAGGAGGGGGAUGUGUGCGUGGGAGGAGAAAGAGAUCCCGGAGGGCGACUUUUCUUUUAUUUGAGCUUGACACUUCGCCGUGAACGCGCGCACACACCGGAAGUACCGAGCCGCCGUCGGUCUUCUUCUUUUUCUUCGGCACGUUUGCGCGUCUGGUCCACGCCUCGACAACACCGAGCCCGAAUCGAGAGAUCAGACACAACAUCUCGAAGAAACGCGGAUACGCAUAACAGAACUAGUAUUCGACAUUGUGGAGGGUGCGAGCACCACAGACAGGAUGCCACGAUACGUGAGAGCGAGCGCGGCGAACAAGGGUGUCGCGACGGGCGUUUUCGUCGUCGGCCGAGGAUAAACGGUUCUUCGUCGUUAUUCUUUCGGAUCCGGAAGUGUCCUCUCGUUUCGUGGGAUGUGAAAUAUCCACGGGGCCAGAUCGAUCGCGGAAAAGGGAGUUACGCUAACAUGUUUAAUCUGGACGACGUAUCGGUGCUACGUUCGCGACGAUCGCAGCAACAGUGUCAGUGAAGUACAAGAACGAGAACUCGCCGAAGCAACUCGCAAGACGAAACAGACAAAGUACUUUCGUGUUUCGAUCGAUACCAACAGUAUUUUUUCUCCAAAGACAAGAAAGAAGAAGCAACGGCGUUCGUAGACCAAAGGUGAUCAAGUAUCGUACCUCGAGAAUCAGCGAAAACUACUUCCGGUAGCGGAGACACCAAGGAACGGGAAAGAGAAGAGAAGGAAAAGAAAGGACGAAGAGAACGGGGUGAAAAUCUACGGUGGUCGGUCGACGAACCGUUCGAUCGUCAUCGAGGAUAUUGUCCCGGGGUAGUUUUCGGAGCGACCCCUCGGAGCGGCGAAGCUGGAAGCUCUCGAAUCGUACGGAACGUCAAAGCAGAAGCGCCGGUGCCCGGGGCGAGGAGGAGUCCUCGACGCGUGCCAGGCUGCUGAUCACAGGCACCGCGCCAGAGACGGGAGACGAAGAGUAGGAGAGGGAUUCGAAAAAAAACCGUACAGAAACAGAGGAAAAGAAAGAAAGAGAGACGGCAUCGUCGUCUCUCGAGCCAGGGGUUCUUCCGUUCGGGUGCUAGGGGUGUGCAGCCUUGGACGAGGGGUCGCACUCGACUCUUUUAAAGUGGGCAAACCGCGCAAAGAAUAAGAGACGUCCUCGGGGCGAUGACAGGAUGCCUCCUUCUCGAUCAGGACGCGUCUACGAAGGACCACCGUCUAGGAUCGCCAUUAGAAUCGGACCAACCAUUGCCCUGUUGCUGAUUCUCUUCGAGAAUCGUCGCGCAACCUGCUUAAUGAGCAACUCCGUAGACGAUUGGGUGAGCGGCGAUGCCGUCGUCUGCAACGGUAUUCCAGGAGUGACGAAGGAGCAACGCGAGCUAUGCAACAGAAAUCCGGACGUGACGGUGGCUGCGAUCAAAGGGCUGCAAAUGGCGAUAGACGAGUGUCAGCAUCAGUUCAUGUGGCACAGGUGGAACUGUUCGACUCUGACGCCUAGAAUCCGAACACAGCAGAGCAGCGUACUCUUUCAGAGAGGUUACAGGGAAACCGCGUUCGCGUUCGCAAUUUCCGCAGCUGGGGUGGCGCACAGCGUGGCCCGCGCGUGCAGCAUGGGACGGUUGCUCUCCUGCGGAUGCGACCCGUCGAGCUACAAGGGUAAGCCGCCUGCCAAGGCCAGGGGCACCCAAUGGAAGUGGGGCGGCUGCUCUCACAACCUCGACUACGGCAUGGAGUUCUCGAGACAGUUCCUAGAUACGCGCGAGAGGGCCGGGGAUAUACAGUCGAUGGUCAAUCUCCACAACAAUCAAGCUGGCCGCUUGGCGGUGGCGAGCAAUAUGCAAGUGCGCUGUAAAUGCCACGGUAUGUCUGGUUCCUGCGAGCUCAAGACCUGCUGGAAAGUGGCGCCGGACUUCCGAAUAGUCGGGAAAACGCUCAAGGAUCGCUUUCGAAACGCCGUAUUAGUCGCGCAGAGCAACGACUUGGGAAGCGUGACCUCUUUGACCAGAGUGAGAGGAUCGCGAAGGAGGAGGCCGGAUCGCCAGAGGCAGAGGAAACAUCGCGGAGGAUCGGGCGGCGGCGGCGGUGGCGGCGGUGGCGGCGGAAACGGAGCAGGACGUAAGAGAAGACCGCGAGAUUUAGCCAAGCAGCUAUUUUACUACCAAAAGUCUCCAAACUUUUGCGAGAGGGAUCCAAGCGCGGACAUCCCAGGCACCGCAGGUCGGACCUGCAACAAGACCAGUUCCGGUGGAGACGGAUGCAGCAGCCUGUGUUGCGGCAGAGGUUACAACGUCGUGAGACAACGACGCGUCGAAAAAUGCAGAUGCAAGUUUCACUGGUGUUGCUUCGUGCAAUGUCAGAACUGUACCGUCGAAGAAUGGAUCACGGUUUGCAAGUGAACCUUGCUCUAUCGAUGAUCGAAACUCGGACCGGAUCAAACUACCAACGGAUUCAAUUCUGCAUUAAAUCUUACUACAA